AUGGGCAACAGCAGCGCCGAUGGAGAGCCAGAGGAUGGCGAACUGUGUUCCACUGGGUCCUUGACACCUAUCCCAGCAGCAGCUGCAGCAGAAGCAGCAGCAGCAGCAGCAGCAGGAGCAGCAGCAGCAGCAGCAACAGAAGUUGCCGUCGCUAGGGACGCAGCAGCAGCUGCUGCAGAAGUAGAAACUCCAGCGAGUGCUGAGAGCGCAUCUGCGGCACCAAAACGACAGCUGGAAAGGCGAGAGGGGAUUGCUGCAGCAGCUGCUGCAACGGAGCCGUUGCUUGUGUCUGCUUCUGCUUCUGGUCCACGGCAGCAGCAGCCGCAGCAGCAGCACCAGCAGCCGCCGCCGCAGCAGCAGCCGCAGCAGCAGGAGCAUCAACAGCAGCAGAGCGGCCGCAUGGCUUCUGUGCUAGAGCGCCUUCGGAAGAAGCUCCGGGACAAGCCGUCAGUAACAUCACCACCUGCGCACCAAGAAGCACCAGCAGCAGCAGCAGCAGCAGCAACAGCAGCAGCAGCAGGAGAGGGGGAAGUACGCGCGCAGCUUACCUCAGGCACUAGUUCAGCAGCAGCGGUAGGGGCAGCGAUGGCUGGUGCUGCUGCUAAGACGGCCAACGCACCAGAUGCCGCAGCAGCAGCAACUUCCGCCGCUGCUGCUGCUGCUGCUGCUCUGGAAGACGCAUCUGUGGGCUCGUCUUUGCUGCAGAUGCUGCACCGCACUCCCCAUUGGGCUCACGCUGCAGCAGCAGCGGCCUCAGAAGCUGUAGCUACAGCAACACCAACUGCAGCAGCAGGUAGCGGCCUUACCAGCAGCGGGGCGGAUGCAAAUGACCCCCUUGAGCCCCCCGGUCUAGUGCGUCAAACGCCCGAGAGCAGCAGCAGCAGCAGCAGCAGCAGCAGCAGCAAAAGCGGAGGCACCCGACUGAGCUUCCGGCUGCACAAAAGUCCUGCUGCUGCCUUCCACAUCCGCCGCUGCAAAGCGCUGCUGAUGGAGCAGCUCGAAGAAGGAGAAGAGCUGGUGCUGCCGCCUGAGUGGCAGCAGCAGCUGCAGGCAGCACACACGCCGCAGCAUGCUGCUGUUGCGGCUGCCAGACAGCAGCAGCUGCAGCACCAGCAGCAGCACCAGCAGCAGCACCAGCAGCAACACCAGCAGCAGCACCAGCAGCAACACCAGCAACAGCACCCGCAGCAACACCAGCAGCACCACCACCAACAGCACCAGCAGCAGCACCAGCAACACCACCCGCAGCAGCACCCGCAGCAGCACCAGCAUCAGCACCAACAGCAGCACCAGCAGCAGUACCAGCAGCAGCACCAGCAACAACACGCGCAGCAGCACGCGCAGCAGCACGCGCAGCAGCACCAGCAGCAGCACCCACAGCAGCAUUCGCAGCGGCACCAGCAGCAACAGUUGUCCUCUCGCAGCCCACCGGCUAACUGGGGGUCAGAAGCUGCUGCUUCGCAGCAGCGCUUGUGGCAGCAGGCGCUGCAGCAGCAACCGCUGCAGCAGCAGCCACUGCAGCAGCAACCUCUGCAGCAGCAGCCCCUGCAGCAGCAGCCCCUGCAGCAGCAGCACCACCACCAGCAGCAGCACCAGCAGCACCAGCAGGACCAGCAGCAGCAACCGCACCAACGGCAGUUGCAGCAACAGCAAAUGCGCCAACAGCACCCGCAGCAGCGCCAACAGCACCAGCUGCAGCAGCAGCCACAGCAGCCGCACUACCAGCAGGCACAGCAGCGGCACUCACAGGGGCAGCAGCAACACCUGCAGCAGCAGCUACUGCAGCAGCAGCAGCAACAACAGCAGCAAAAGGUGCAUUCAUGGCAGCAGCGAGAACAAUCCAUUGGCCAGCUCUUCCUUGAGGUCCCUCCCCCUCCAGGCCUCCAGCAGCUGCAGCAGCAGCGAUUGCUGCUGCCACACACUGCAGCAGCAGCAGCAGACACCCCACAGCUCCCCUCAGCUCCUGCUGGUGCUCCUCCUGCAGCAACUACUGCUGCUUCUUCUUCACCUGCUGCGCUGCUUUCAUCUUCUUGGUAUCGAAGACCUGCACAGCAGCAGCAGCAGGCGCUGCUGCCGAAUCCCCUGCCGCAGCAGCAACUUCAGCUUCAGCAGCACCAGCAGCCAAAGCAGCAGCAGCGGAACCAGCAGGUGCAGCAGCAGCUGCAGCAGCAGCAGCAGCUGCAGCGACAGCAGCAACAGCUACAGCAGCAGCAGCUGCAGCAACAGCAGCUGCAACAGCAGCUGCAGCAGCAGCUGCUGCAGCAGCAGCAGCUGCAGUCGCAACAGCAGCAAUACGAUGAACGCAGCGGCAGGCUGCAGCAAGCCCCAAGACCUCCCUGGAGAUCAUUGCAGCUGCCCUUGCCGCCGAAUCAACUGCUUGACCAACAAAGAGCAGCAGCAGCAGUAGCAGCAGCAGCAGCAGCAGCUGCUGCUGCUGCUAGCGUUGCAAGGGAACACAGCAGUUCGUCACUUUUCCCAGUGCCGCCGCCGCCGCCUGCUGCGCUCUCAGCAGCAGCAGCCCCGCAGUUUGCUGCCUUUCGAAGCAGUGUGGGGUCAGAGCAUCAGCAGCAGCUGCAGCAGCAGCUGCAGCCGAACAGGCAGCAGCUGCAGCCUGGCAAGCAGCAGCCGGAUCUCGGGCCGCUGCUGGAGAAAGGCCGUGCGCUGCUGCUGCAGCUUGCUGCAGAUGCGGGAGCUGAGGGUGAAGCUUUCCUUAAAGACUUUUGCCGGUUCUGGGGAAGCAAGAGCAGCAGCAGCAGCAGCAACAAAGACAGCAGCAGCAGCAGCAACAACGGCGACUGCCGCGUCCCCUCUGCUGCUCAGUCGAAGCAGCUGCGCGGCAGAGACGCUGGCAACCAGAGUUUGUAUAGCAGCAGCAGCAGGCACAGCAGCGGCAGCAGUAGGCACAGCAGCAGCAACAGCAGCGCAGACAGCAGCAGCAGCAGCACACGCAGCAGCAGCAGCAGCACAGCCGGCUCCAGAUCCAGACGUAGAGGCAGCAGCAGGCGGCACAGCAGCAAGUGGGUACCUGCACGCUUCGCCAGGCACGGCCGCAGCAGCAGGAAGCACAGCCUCUCAAAGAAAAGAAGCAGCAGCAGCAGCAGCAGCAGCAGCAAAAUCCACCACGAUAAACGCGUAGGAGCCGACAAGGGCCGACGCGCCAGCUUUGCUUCUCGUCGAAAGCAUCGACGCGGCAGCAGGGCCAGCAGCAGCAGCAAGAGGAGGAGCAGCAGUAGCAGCAGCAGCAGGAAACACCGCAUCAGCAGCAGCAGCAGCAGACACGGCAAACGACGUUCCUCCCGUUCCAAGGAUCGACGCCGACGCAGCUUGCGAGAACGCCGUAAGGAGCUCCGACAGCAGCAACACAAGCAACAGCAGCAGCAGCAGCAGCAGCAGCAGCCGCUUUCCAAGCUACCGAGGAGACAUAAGGAUUUGCUGUCGUAUCCGCAGCAGCAUCAGCAGGCGGUUCAGCAUCAGCAGCGCCAACUGCUGCUGCAGCAGCUGCUGCCGCGGCCACUCCCAAGAGCUGCAGGGCCCUGGUCUUCCCCUGGAGCAGCAGCACAGCUGUUUACAACUUUGCCAGAAGCAGCAGCAGCAGAUUCUUCGCCCACUGCAGCAGCAGCAGCAGCUGCUGCUGCUGCUGCGGCUGCACGAGGCUCGCCGAUCAGCUUCGGCCCCACAGGUGCCCAAUGGAGCUCUCACGCUGCGCGGAGGGCCUCUGAGCAGCAGCAAAACGCCAGCAGCAGCAGCAGCAGCAGCAGCAGCAGCAUUCGAAACGAACUGAAAAGAGGGAAGAGACACAAGAGGUCCUCUAAAAGCCGGAGUGUCUCUCGAGCUGCUGACAAGAGGAGGAAGCUGCAGCACUAUAGGAAGCCGAAGCAGCGGAGACAGUCGCGCCGACGGCUCCGCAGCAGCAACAGCAGCAGGAGCAGCAGCAGCAGCAGCGAGGAACACAGCGCCCGCAGAUACAGCAAGAGAACAGCCAAACGGCCCCUGAAUGGCGAGGCCUCUCGGCGGCUCAUGAGACACAGCAGCAGCAACUCUGGCAGUAGGCUUUCCAAAAGCAGCAGCAGCAGAAGCAGCAGCAGCAGCAGCAGCAGCCGAAGCAGCAGCAGCAGCAGCAGCAGCAACAGCAGGUCCCCUCGUCCCCUUGCUGCGUCGCAAAUGAAGCAGGUCUUUGACCGCCGCAGCUCUAUCUCAAGCAGCCGCAGCAGCGCCACCAGCAGCAGCAAGAGCCCCAUGCUCAGCAGCAGCAGCAGCAACGCUUUAGAUAGGUAUAGCAGGGCGCGGGGGCUUGAGCAGCUGCAGCAGCAAAGGCUUCGGCAACUUCUGCAGCUCCGACGCCAGCAGCAGCAGCAGCAAGAGAGGGAGCAGCAAGAACGGCAGAGAGAGCCGAAGCAACAGCAGCAGCAGCAGCAGCAGCAACACCACCACCACCUGACCGUGGAAUACCAGCAGCCAGCUGCUGCUCUGCAGCAGCUUGCAGCCCCAGAGCUGCUUCUGCAGCAAAGCCAGCCGCAUCUUCACCUGCAGCAGCUGCAGCGGCAGAAUGGAGGCAUUCAGCAGCUGCGGCAGCAACAUCAGCUGCAGCAGCAGCUGCAGCAGCAGCAGCAGCUCCAGCAGCAGCAGCAGCUCCAGCAACAGCAACAGCUCCAGCAGCAGCAGCUCCAGCAACAGCAGCAGCAGCAGCAGCAGCAGCAGCUGCAGCAUUUGGUUGAACGGAUGGGGAGGCUUCGGAGGGAGAAAAUUCGGCAGAGGUGGCAGCAGCGCACUGGCAGGUCAUAUGAGGACUCUGCCGCAGCUACAGUAGCAGCAGCUGCUGCUGCACCUGUUGCUGCUGCUGCUGCUGCUCCGCCGGGUGCUUCCCAGCCCCCAACAGCAGCAAGAAUGACACCUGCUGCUGCUGCUGCUCUUGCUGCUCGCCCUGCUGCUGCCAGUGCUGCUGGCUGCCCUGUGGGGCCCCGAGGAAGCAGCCCAGAAGCAGGAAUUAAGGAGGAGACACAAGCUUUUGACACUACUGCUGCUGCUGCUGCUGCUGCAGGCGCUGCAGCGCUUCCAGUGUGCCCCGUGCCAGCUGCGGCUGCUGCGUGUGAUGCUGCUGCUGCAGCAGCAGCAGCAGCAGCAGAUACCGUCACUGAAGUGGAUGAGAUGCUGGCUUACUUUGAUGCCUUGCAAAGAGCAGGCCUCAUUCCAGGAGCUCAAGAGCCCAUCAUAGACCAGCCGCA